UGGCAGGGGAAACCGAAGUACUCGGAGAAAACCUACCCCAGUACCACUUUGUCCACCGCAAGUUCUACAUGGCUUCACGCGGUUUGGAACCCGGAUCUCCGCCGUGGGAAGCCAGCGACUAACCUCCUGAGCUACGGCACGUUACGGCAUUAAUAAUGAGCUUACUGUUAUAUGGGAUGUGUCGACGCAUAAUCUGGUGGGAACCUAUGGUACUAAUAUUCCGGAGGAAACUGCUCCCUUCAACGUUAGGGUAAAUCCUGAAGACUGUAAUUUUAAUAACGAAAACCUGUUUUCUUACAGUGCGUGCCUCAGUCCUGGUACCUCUCCGUGGACAUGCAGUUGUUCCUGCUGUCUCCAAUAGUGCUCUACCCACUGUGGAAAUGGCCUCGAAAGUGGAACAUUCUUUUGUUAGGAACUCUCGCUAUUGGCGGAGUUGUUUCGCCCUUUAUAAUUUCAUAUGUCGAAGAGGUCUCGGCCAACCUAUUUACUGCAAAUCUGCUUGGGGGUGGUAUUCAAAAGCUGUACAUCGCUGCGUAUUCAAGGUUUGGACCCUGGAUCAUCGGCGUGAUCUUCGGGUACCUUGUGUAUGAAGCAAAGAGGAAGGAAUUGAAGUUGUCAUUGGUAAUCCAAUACUCUCUGACAUCCAUUCUAUAACAUGUAAUGGAAUGCAU